CGGCAUCGAUAGCUCGGCGCUCGGCCGGCAGAGCGCCGAGGUGGUCGAUGGGACAGCUGACCUGUCGCUGUACCGGCCAUUUCCCGCCGGCCUGGAGCGGAGCCUGGUUCUCUCCUCCCGGACACGAAGCCGCCCCCCCCGCGGGCAGAGGCCAUGCCCCCCAAAUUCAAGCGGCACCUGAACGACGACGAGGUGACGGGGUCGGUGAAGAGCGAGCGGAGGAACCUGUUGGAGGAAGAUUCAGAUGAAGAGGAAGACUUUUUCUUGAGAGGGCCUUCUGGACCCAGAUUUGGACCCAGGAAUGACAAGAUCAGGCAUGUCCAGAACCAGAUGGACGAAGUCAUCGAUGUUAUGCAGGAGAACAUCACGAAGGUGAUUGAAAGAGGCGAGCGGCUGGAUGACCUGCAGGAUAAAUCAGAAAGUUUAUCAGACAAUGCAACAGCUUUUAGCAACAGAGCCAAGCAGCUUCGGAGACAGAUGUGGUGGCGAGGCUGCAAGAUGAAGGUGAUCAUAGUGCUGGUGGCAGUCAUUCUUCUGCUUGUGAUCAUUGUACCCAUAGUCCUGAAGUACCAUACCUGACAGGGCAGCUGGAGGCUUCGGUGGAGCUGGCUCUGGGAUAACCAAACUGCUGUGUAAUUUAAGUGAGAUAUCUGUAUAUAGCUUUGAAGUUGUUUUUCUCCAAGGAGUGAGGAGGCAGUGGCAAGCAGCCAGUUCCAACAGAGUGUUUUAAGAACUGCCAGAUGACCCUUUUUUUCAGUCAAGUACCUGCUCCUGCUGUCAGACUUCUUUUGUAACAGAAGAUUUGGUUCCCAAACUGACUGUUUUGUGGAAUUCUGUGUCUCUGGUUUGAGCUGGCUACUUGCUGCUACAGUUUAUCUGUAUAUAUGGUUGAGUUGUAAUAUUAAUAAUUCCAUUUGAGCGGUUCCCCACUGCCUGUUGCGGAAGGCAGAGGGGACUCUGUCCUUUCAAAAGAGCAAAGGAGGGGGAAAAAUGUCUGAAGAGAAACAUACCAUUAUGUUACAGGGAACCGGCCCUUCUGUGGAGAACUGCAAGGGUGGUGUUUCUCUGUUGUUCCACAAGAAAAAAAAAAAGAGGAAAAAAGAAAUACUUAGGUUUUACAAUUCAGAAGACUUCCUGGUCCUGCCAUGGGAAUGCACAAGCUCAGUGUUUUCAGUAUCGCUGCUUACAACUGUGACUAAAGACAUUCCAGUAAACUUAUUUUUGACUGUA